GAAAUUUUCUCGUCCUUCCACUUAUUACAUGUGAACCUUAGCUGUUCCUGAAUUGUCCUGCCCUAACUACUCCUUUUCUUUACACAUUGUUUUGUCUGGUCUUGUUGCACCCUGAUUUUAUUUUCUUUUUGUGGGUUCAACUCUGGGUUUAAUCUUCUUCACAUCAGCCUUUGUUCAUCUCCUGCUUUUGGGAUAAACAUAUUCGAGUAAUUUGAAGAGGUUCUUGAAUUGAAGGUUUUGGCUUGUCAACGCAGAUCUUGACAAACUAAAACUCCAGCAGUGAAUUUCUGCAUCAAGAACCAAGAUACAAUAUCGAAGGUCUUCGAAGGAAUUUGUGUGAUCACUGAUCAGAUAAAUUAAUUGGCAGCAUGGAUAGUGAAAAUGGAUUUGCGUCAAAGAAGCAAACAACAACUUCAGAGGGGACAAAUGAUGAAAAUGUUGUUUUUCCUCAGCACAAAAUUUCCAUGUUUUCAUCAUCAUCCUCAGAAUUUUAUACCCUUGAACAAUUAAAAGAAGCAAAUCUUGAAGUUGUAUCUUCACCAGAAGUUUCAGGUUCAGGUCAGGAGCCUAUGAGAAUAACGAAAUCAUCUGGGGGCUCUGAUCGUAAGAGGAUUCCGUCGUCCCUUUUUGCCAGUAAGCCUGGAACGUCAUUGGAAUGGAGUGUUACUUCAAAUGAAUCACUGUUUAGUAUUCACAUGGGAAAUAACAGCUUCUCAAAUUAUCAAGCUUUCAUGCUAUACAAAUCCGGAGAACUUACCAAGCUCGACGAUAUGCACAAUACCCCACCAAGCUUGCUUCCUGUCCUCGUAGAGCAGACUCUAGAAAAGAAGAUGGAGGAAAUGAACAAGGGCUCAAAAGUGGCAGAAGAAAAACCAGUUGAACCUGCAAAAAUGGAACCUGAAUUCUCAGUCAAUAACAGCAAGACAAUUCCAGAGGAAACUAAGAAAAAUGUCUGUCAGGAAAAGGCCACUCCUGAUGACCUCAGGAACUCAUCCAGCAGGACUCAUUCUUUUCAUUUCCCAGCAUUGGAAACAAAUGGGGCAGGAAAUGUCUCUGUGAAAGUGGUGAUGGAUAAGCAGACUUCAAAGAAGCAGACAAAACAGGAGUCACAACCACAAACGCCUGUAACACCAGCAAAGCCUAAUGGGAAAAGUUGGUUUUCUUGCUUUUCUUGUUGCUCUCUUGGUUGUUGAGAGAACAUUGAUUCUGGGGACGAUUAUUUAAGCAUCUCAAUUGAUCUGUCAAUGGCUCUUUUAUAAUUGUAGAAUCCACAGCUUAAAAAGAUGCGGAUGAUGUCUUACAUAUAGAGGAAUUGCAGAAUCAAGUGAUCUUUGUCCUUCUUGAUUUA